AUGUCAAAACUAAUUAAAAUUGGUCUUACUGGCGGUAUUGCAUCAGGUAAAUCAACCAUAUUGGGAUAUCUUAAAGAAUUAAAUAUUAAAUGUAUUGAUGCAGAUAAAAUAGGACAUAGUUGUUAUCAAAAAGGUAGACCAUCAUAUUAUAAAAUAAUUCAAGAAUUUGGCGAAGAUAUUGUAAAUAAAAAUGAUGAAUCAAUCGAUAGAGCUAAAUUAGGACCAAUUGUUUUUUCAGACCCAAACAAAAUGAAAGCUUUGACCAAUAUAGUAUGGCCAGAAAUGAGGGAUAUCAUCUCUCAAGAGUUUAAAGAAAUGGAAGAAGCCAACCAAGAUAGAAUUGUAGUAUUGGAGGCAGCAGUAUUAAUCGAAGGUGGAUUUUUAAAUUUAGUAGAUAGAGUUUGGGUAACAUCAGUACCAAGAGAAGUAGCAAUUGAAAGAAUCGUUAAAAGAAAUAAUUUAUCAGAAACAGAUGCCGCCAAAAGAAUUGAUUCUCAACUCACCAAUGAAGAAAGAGCAAAAUAUGCAAAUGUUGUUUUCCAUACAAAUGAUGAAUAUAGUGUCACUAAAAAUAAAGUUAUAAACGAAAUCAAAUCUUUAUUAGAGGAUACUAACAAUUCAUCAAAUCAAAACAACUAA